AUGCAGCAGUUGACUGAGCACCCCGGAACAAAAGUAACGAAGAAGAGACCAGUGGGCUCUGUCCAGUCAGUGUUUUCGCUAGACAUUCCUGCAGUAUUUGGUUCCCAGAAAGCAAGAGUGACGGAAUUUGACGAGACACCAGGUGUUUCCUGCUCCCCGUUGUUAGCUGAAGCUUAUGGGAGGUUUUGUCUUCUGGAAACCAACUUUAUGCCCUCGCUGCCGACCAUGAACCUUUGUUCCUUGAUGCUCCAGCUCAGGCCAUGGGUGGGUGUUCACUUCCUCUGCAUCCUGCUGCUCCUCUCCAACAUCUGCCUCACAGCGCUAGUUGCGUCUGAGUCAGGUAUUGAAAUGACGAGCAAGAAUGGAACAGCUGAAGGCUUCCCAAACUCCAGUGUUACAGUGGAUACUGCUGUACGUGCUCAGUCUGUAGGUAAUGGUUUAGCUAAGAACCCCCUUCCAUCAUCACCUGCAGAGCCUGUUGGGACUUCUCAGACUGUUUUACAAUCGACUAAAACAACUUCUGAAGCCCCAACGACACCUCUGUCCACCAAAACACUAGCAAAAAAAGUACUAUCUACAACAACACCUAUGUCCACCAAACCACCGUCUGCAACUCAAACUUCAACUCUACCACCCACCAAAACGUCGUUUGCAACUCAAACUUCAACUCUACCACCCACCAAAACGUCGUCUGCAACUCAAACUUCAACUCUACCACCCACCAAAACGUCGUCUGCAACUCCUACGUUAACAUCUCUGCCUACCAAGGCACCUACAACAUCAAAAACAGUUGAAAACCCUCCAAAUACGAAUGCUAUGAUCACCAUUUUGCCCACAGGCAAGAAAAGUUCAUCAUCACCCUCUGUGGUACCCACACAGAAGUUAACUACCAGGAAAUCAACUCUUUCACCCACAUCUUUAAGCACAGAAGCCACAGCCAUGCCUCCUAGCAGAACCACUACUUCUGGCGGCCGCAGUAAGUCCGCUGCUUCUGCAACAAGGGUUCCGGUGGUGGAAGUGGCUGGAGCAGCUCUGACCCAGCAGCUGGUGGACACAGCUUCUUUACUAGCUGUCCUGUUGUUUGGCCUGCUCUUCUUCCUGGUCACGGUGGCGGUGUUUGUCACGCAGGCAUAUGAGAGCUACAGGAGGAAGGAUUACACCCAAGUCGACUACCUGAUCAAUGGCAUGUACAGCGACUCUGGAGUGUGAUGCAGGAAGACACAUGGUUCUGGACCUUGAUCUUGCACAAUAUGACCACAGUGGCUGCUGUUUGUUGAAGAAGUUGGAAUAAAGUAGCAAAUGGAACAGAUGGGAAAACAACCUGGACUAUUUUAUUCUUUUCUUCAUGUUUUCCUUUGGCUUGUGUAGCGUUUUGUUUCUAACACUCGAGCCUGAACUUUGAGGAUGAAGAGCAGCCUUAAUGAGUUCAUGUGUAGAUCAGCUGCCAGUGCUGAAGGCACACGAUAUUCAUCCUGUCCACAUCACAUUUCUGUUGAUCAGUAUGAUCAUUUUGACCAUAAUAUUUCUAAUACCUUUUCAGACUGAACUGAAAUAUGUGGGGAAAAACUAUCAGCUCUUUCCAGCAUGGCAGCCAAUUGUUAAAUGCUGUCUUGAAUGAAUUUUUUAACAUUUCAUAAACCAUAAUUUCUUUUCAAACUGAAACUUGACUUGAAUGUGUCUAUAAAUAUAACAUCUGAAAUGUUCCUGCUUUAAUACUGAUAACAGUUUCUCUUUAAAAACACCUAAAUCUAGUAGCAUUUAUUUUUUAUAGGAUUCUGUUGAGAGGUUAUAAGUAGUAAUAUCCUAUCUUCAGGAGAAAACUUGGUGUCCUUUUAGUACAGAUAUCAUUUUUUCCCCAGAGGCUGAAGCUAACAGCUAAUCUAAAACCAAAGCAUUCCUACAGUAUCAAACAAUCUCCAUUUUAAAGAAAUUUAGACCAAUUCAUUAGAUUUAUUUUUUUAUGAACCAUCAUACAACUUUCCCAUUUUUAAUAAAUGAUUAUAAAAGUGGAAGCAUGUGGUCAGUUGUAAUGAAGACUGAUAUUUAUAACAUCAGUCUGUAUUAUCAUAUUGUCAUUAUACAAUAUUUACCUGAAUUUGAAAGUGUUUAGAUUUCUUAAUUGUAUUAAAGUGACUGGCUGGAUAUACUAACAUGGUCCAUUUUGUUGUAUUUGAUGUGGCAUGACCACAAAGAGCUCUGGACAUUUUUCCCCUUUGGCAUUUUGUACAACUUUGGUUGUUUUCAGUCGGGCUAUUUUUGUUAGGAAACUAACUUUAAUUACUAAUUACAAAUGACAAAUUUUACUCUAGCAGUAGAUUAUCUGCUAUAAACUGCUGUUAGGAAACUUACCCUCCAGUUAGUACCAAGUAUUGACAGAAGGUCAGCUGAAGGGAGCCACAUGGAACGCCAUGAUGCAUUUUGCAUGCAUGCAGCUGCCAGCAGGCUACGGGGCGAACUGAGCCGGAGCUUCUCACCACCAUAACUGAUCAUGUUAACAAGCAGAAGAUCAAACAUUCACUCUGUAAAAGUCUGGAGGUGUUUGAGUGCAGGACAGUUUUAAUAACUCAUAACCUCUCAGCAGAAUAACUCUUCAAAAAGUUUCAUUGUAAAUCAGAAUCUCUUCUCAGAACAAGUUGAUGCAUCAAGAAGAUCACUAUAUCACGAACUAUGAACAAAUCAUAUUAUACUACAGAUGUUUUAUGGGUUGGUUCACAUAGUUUUCCACACAUUAUAUUCUGAUAGAAAGGGAAGCAGGGCUGGUACGACAUUGAAAGCUCCUGUUCAUGUAUUCUACAUGAUGAAGCUCAGUGUCCGUACCAGGACUCGGACAAAUCAUUCCUUCCAUACCCCUUACAUUUUCAGUUUGGUUUUCUACACUCUUUUUCACACAUAUUAAUUUAGUCAUUUUUUGUGUGCAUGUUGCCUGUAGCAGAGGUGGCUUGUUGAUCUGACUAACUGCACUGAAGAGGUUCAGCAUCACUGAUUGAAACAAACGUUUUCAGUUCCAGCCCGUUGACCCACUGACUCAGAGUUCCAGCAAGGCGCUCACUGGGAAGAAUGUAACUGUUAUCAAAGGACACAGUUUGUUUUGUUUUAAAUCUAGAUCUGCAUGAAAUGACUGAAUGUGUGAGAACCAUCUGUAUGGUUUGAGGCCCAGAGUACGUCCCAGGUAGAAACCUGGAGCUGUUUGGACCUGGCAGAUGAAGUUUGGGGGAGCAGACCAGUGGAGGCAUUAAAGUCACUCCUACAACCUUUUCUCAGCCAGCGGAUCAUAGUUUCGUCUGCUGGCCUCGUAAUUUUUACAUUUCAGCUUGUCUUAAAGUCUCCUUAAGUCUUACUUGACCUGUUAGAUGAUUACAUAUCUCAUUCUGGUUUAAUUGUCUAUGAAAGCACAGGAGUUUUUUUGAAACAAAGCUCCAAAAUGUUUAAAUUUUGUAAAAUUCCAUUAAACUUAAUUGAAGUAGAUGAUGCGUUCCUUCACAACUGUGUUUAUUUUGAGUUUGACUUCACUGGAAGCUUUUGAAUGUACUUAAUCUUCAUUCUUCCAUAUGAUACGUGUUAAUGACCUCAUUCUGUUCCUUACUACGGUUCAGAUUUACAUGGUCUUGGAAGUACCUAAUUGUAAUUAGUGUGUGUGUGUGUGUGUGUUUAGAAGUCCAUGGUUGUAAAGAUUUUGAAAACACCUUAUCAUUUUUGGAAAUUGUUGUUUUUUGUUCCUUUUUAUUUUCUCUUUAACUGAGUGUGCUUCCAAUAAUGUUGACUUUUUUAAUACAUCUAUUAGUUGUCUGGAGAUAUUGUUUUCUUAUCAAGAAUCCACAAUGCAGCACUUUUGUAUCUUCUUUUUCUGGUGCCAAAUUCUGUUUGAUAUAUUUUUUUUCAUGACCAAAAAAGGCAGUAUGUAUGGUUUAGAGUGAUUUUUAGAAACUUUUGCCAAAUAGUUGCUUAAAGCACAUUGUUUUCUGAUAAAGCCAAGGGAAAUUUAAAGCCAUAAUGAGUUUGUGACCAAUGUAACAUUUGAGCGGUGCUCACAGCUCACACCCUGGAAUGUUAUUGGUGUGACAGAAUAUUUUUGUUGUGCAUGUGAGAUACCUUUGAGUUGAAUAAUUUCCUUUUUUUUCUUUAUUUUUUUGCACAAAAAACUGUUUUCUCAGUAAAUUGUUCAUGGAAGCAGAGAACCUCCAUUAGCCAUAUUUAAGACUGAGUUAUCUGUCGUGCCAGUCUGUGUUCAAGGUUUCAGAUCAGUGUGUUUGUCAUGUCAGUAGGAUUGUAAUAAAGUGAUGUUUAUGUUUCUGAUGUCGGUUGGAAACAGUUGUGUGUUGGAUUGAUCUGUGUUUGCAAAAACUGAUGUCGAGAAAUGAGGAAUGAUGUCACCUGCUAUGUGCCAAGCAAAUAUUGUACUGAUGCACUUUUCAGAUAUAUUUUUACUUUGUAGAAAAUGAAUAAUAAAGAACUUAA